GUCGAUCGAAAAUGCUGCCGACGUCGGCUUGCAAUUGCCACCGCUCCUUACCACCACCGACGACGUCAACACCAACUCUCGCUUUUUUUCUAUCUGGUGGACCAGUUUUGUGUUAGUCGCAGCACUCAUUACAACUAUUUAUUAUUUCCGGGCCUAUUUCUAUGCUAUGGAUGUCGAUGAUAUGGACGUUGAUGAUCCAGUUCCUAAUCCUAUCCUUCCUAAUGUCGACUCUCCUCCCAUUUCUACAAAUGGCCUUUCAGAUAUUGAAACUGUUACCUAUGGUGGACAAGAAUUCCGAAUCCGUCGCCCACCAGGACCACAGCCAACUCGCACAAUUGCUCUCCCAGUCCAUAAUAAUGGUGUCUUCGAUGUUGAUUAUGUCGACAUCUAUGUAAUGAAACGCCCCUCCCUUGUUGAGCUUUGCAAGAAGAAUAAUCUUGGUGUUGUUGGGAAGAAGGUCAUGCUGCAGGAAAAACUCGUUGGUUUUAGUGAAGACAUGAUCAGAUGGAAUUCCCUCAUUGUAGGUGCACGGCGUUCUCACCGAGGUGUUCGAGACGGCAAGAUUUCCAAGGUCCAUACCAAGACGGAAGCCAUAAAUACCUCAACGAAGAAGCCGAAGAAGAUAAAAGGGUCGGCCUUACGAAGGCAUGCUAUGAUGGGCUUGAACCCGGAUGGUUCGAGCAAUGUUCAAGUGCAACGCUCGAAGGAUAUGCGUCCAGUUGAAGAGCAAGAGAAGCUCUUACAAUGGGCUGAUCGGUACUAUGCGGCCCAUCCGUAUAUCCCUCCUGAAGAGGUCUCAAGGAUCCUCAAGGCUGAGCGGGAUGCAAAAAUGGACUCGCCUGCCUUAAUCAAGCAAUACAUGCAUUCCACCCAUGAACAAAUCACUGGGCUCACCUCUAUGGUUGGCUCAGUGUUCAACAUUCUUUCUCAUGGCUUGCCUCAUGUAUCCUCAAAUAUUCCUCCUACCACCUCGCAGCUCCCUUCUAGCCUGGUUUCUAUGCAGUCCCCCUCUGUAUUGCCAACUUCAUCCAUCCCUACAAUAUCCCCGACGUCUUUAUCUUCUUCAACUUCGGCGCCAUUGCCCCCGAUGUCUGUAUCUCCUUCAACUUUGGUGCCGAUGCCCCCAACGCCUUCAUCUCCUUCAACUUCGGUGUCGAGGCAUUCAAUACCUUUGUCAAUGUUGGCACCUCCUUCAACUUCAGUGCCGACGCCUUCAAUGCCUUUGUUGUCGACGUUGCCACUGAUGACUUCAACGCCUUUGUCUUCCUCGAUGUUGGCGCCGAUGACUUCAACGCCUUUGUCUUCAACAUUGACACCAGUAACUUCACUUAUCCCAACAAUAGGUCCGAUAACUCUGCUUGCACCUCCCUCAGUCGAGAAUGAUGUUAUGAUGACUAACACAUCAUCGUUCUCCUCUACCCUGCGCGACAACAAUAUCACGAUUGCUGAUAUUUCUCCAUCUGCCCUCCCUUCCAUGGUACGCAAAGCUCAUCGCAGUGUCGAGGAGAAAUCGUUUGAGAUCAUACUUGCCAACCAAAAACUGCUUCGAUUCAAAUAUCAUGAUAUCCCAGAGCCUUCAUUGCAGCUCAGUUUCGCUCAUGAUAUUGCUCGGCUUGACCGCAUUUGGGAUGACAAAGGACCACACUGGGAUCCUAUGGACUGCGCAACUGUUUCUUCAAUCAACGGUGUCCCAGUCGCCCUUUGUUACUGGCAACAGAUUUAUAAAGGAAAGAAAGAUCGACGUUGGGAUGGAAUUAAGGGAAUGUGGUCUGAAUGGCGGUAUGUUGCUGAGCGUUAUCGGUCCAUUACACCUGAGGAAUUCUGGUCAGAGUUCCAAACCGACGCUGGCGAACAAAUGAACUGGACAGCAAUACUUGAGCGCUUGCGGGAGCUGCGAAUCAAUCGCGAUGAAGAGUUGGCUGAACAGGCAAAAGCUGAAUAUGGACCUAGGUUUCCGGAGCUUUUUUCGUACCGCGGUAAAGUUAUGUCAAAGAGCUCUUCAAUUGCUAGUCGCUACCUCUCUUUAAAGAAUGUCACUUAG